AUGGCGCCUCGAUUUGGGUCGGAGAACCAUCUGCUCGAUCUGACACCGCGUCAAAUCCUUCAGCAGGUUGCAGAGCAGAGAGGUCAAGCAAGUUACUGGGCGGGAAAAGUCAGCAUCUGGGUGCUGAUACACAAUGCUUCAAACGAUAUGCUUCUCAAAGUACCUUCGCGCUCAACUCAAGCAGGCCCGCAAUUUCCAGCUUUCGAAGACAUCCCGCAGAUCACCGUCGUCAGGGAGACCAUGACCGCCGAAGGACAGCUUGUCAACGAGGUUCAUGACCGGAGAGACGAGGCUGGUAACAGUACGGUCAGCAAGCUGGUUAGAGACUUGGUAAUGUGCACCUCUCAUCCAGCCAGCGUCGGCGGAGUCGCGGUCCUCGAUGCUCGUUCUGCAAACGACUUGUUGCGCUUCCAGAUCAUUGUUACCUGUCGUGUUCAGUCCGCCUUCCUGUUCGGAGCUAGCAUGACUGGGCUACAAUGGCUGUCUGAGAAGGAUCUGACAACAGUCGACACUGGAACGAUUGCCAAGAAGCUCGGGAAAGACGGACUCUCUUCACUGUUCGCAGCUCUUGAGGCUUGGAAGUGUUCUCAGGUUGCCGUUAGGACAAACGUUGCUUCAGGAAACGAGGCGACGAGCAAUCCUUCUGAUGUGGAGGAGGAGGAGGAGGAGGAGGCUCUGUCGAUCACGGAUGGGGAUCUGAGUGACGAGGAACCAGAUCAGCACGGGGAAGAGAGCGAAGGCCUCGAUGACCUACCAGAUCUUGUUGCCGAUGAUGGAGGCUCGCCAGCUUCGGAGGAAGUCGCUGCAGGUGCGGAGCUUGUUCGAUUCAAUACGACGCUGCCGCACCCGGCUGUCGGCGAGCGACGCCCGUCUGGCUUCGUCACGAAUCUAGGGAGAUUCGCAAUGCCCGCCGAGAAGAUAGCUGGCCGGCGAGUCGUGCGGCGGAUGAAGACGGCAAGAAACUCUGCUGUGAUGGAUUCGAAACUGCUGAAGGGCCACGCCGACUGGAAGGACCUGAGGAAGAAGCUUCAAUAG